AUGGAGAAUAACCAUAUUGAGUCGAUUGUUUUUCCAACAAGAAGUACAUCAAUAAAGAUUAACCAUAUUGAGCCGACUUUUUUUUCAACCAGAAGUACAUCAACUCAUAACGAAUUGGGUAUAGAAUUGGGACAAGCUGAAGAAGGAACAUCAAAUUCAGAUGAAGAAGCAACUGUUGACAUGGAUGCAGAUGAGAGUGAAAAUUAUAUCUCCUAUGCAAGGCUGGUUGCCAAGCAAAUAAUAGAAAUGGGAAAUGAAGCAAACAGCGAUGCAGAAGAGAUUGAAAUAGAUGAAGAUUCAGUAAUCAACAACAAAUACCAUCAAGAAAUAGCUUCGUCUCAGAUUUACAAAGAUAAAAAGACCUUGAAGACUGCGUUGAACCACUAUCCAAUUAGAAAACAUUUUCAGUACCGCGUGAAAAAAUCUUUCAAAAGACAGUUCCUAGCGGAGUGCUUUGACAAAAAUUGCAGCUGGAAGUUAAGGGCAUCAAGGAAUGGAAACACAAGGCAAUUUAUAAUUAGGACUUUUGAGGACAAUCAUAGCUGCGAUAUGAAGAUAAGAUUAAAAGAUCAAUGUCAAGCAACAUCAACCAUCAUUGCAGACAUGAUCAAGUACAAAUUCACAAACAUCAAGACAAAAACCACGGUUGCUGAUGUUAUAAAUGAGUUGAAAAUUCAUGGAUUGAGAGUCAAAUACAACAAAGCUUGGAGAUCGAUACAGAAGGGAAAAGAAAAAGUGAGAGGAAAUGUAGUUAAGUCUUACUCUAAGAUAGCCAAGUAUCUUUACUUGUUGCAUCAUACAAGUCCAGGCUCUUUUGUGGAGCUCAAAACAGAGGAAGAUGGCAAAUUCUUAUUCCUUUUUGUAGCAUUGAAUGCUUCAAGAAAAGGAUGGUUGCAUUGUAUUCCUGUGGUGAUAGUUGAUGGGACAUUCUUAAAGUCUACAUAUCGAGGGAGUGUUAUGGUUCAAGAGAAGACAUGGUCAUUAUCUCUGACCGUCACGAAAGCAUAA